AUGACCUCGCCUCGGGGACCGUUAUAUCCGCCCCUCCAAGACUCCACCAUGUUGGACUCCCUCAAGUUCGCGACAGAGAGGCCUGCACGGACUCCCCUAGAGACUGGUUUCUCAGGGGUCUCAGCCAGGGGGCUUACCACGUCCUCAGGGCCGACCCGCCCUAAGUCCUCCCGGAGACGACCCGCCGCCCGGACGCCGGACAAGGGAACACCCGUGGCUGCACCCUCAUUGGCUGCUGGGGGCCGGAAGUGCAUGCAUCCUCCGGAAGUGCUCCGACUGCGAGCGUCUGCCCGGCCAGGACCCUCAGAGAUCGAAAUGGCUUCCAGAGGAAAGACAGAGACAAGCAAAUUAAAGCAGAAUCUAGAAGAACAGUUGGAUAGACUGAUGCAGCAGUUGCAAGAUCUGGAGGAGUGCAGAGAGGAGCUCGAUACAGACGAAUAUGAAGAAACCAAAAAGGAAACUCUGGAGCAGCUAAGUGAAUUUAAUGAUUCCCUGAAGAAAAUCAUGUCUGGAAAUAUGACUCUGGUCGAUGAGCUAAGUGGAAUGCAGCUGGCUAUCCAGGCAGCUAUCAGCCAGGCCUUUAAAACCCCAGAGGUCAUCAGGUUAUUUGCAAAGAAACAACCAGGUCAGCUUCGGACAAGGUUAGCAGAGAUGGACAGAGAUCUCAUGGUAGGGAAGCUGGACAGAGGCCUGUACACGCAACAGAAAGUGGAGAUACUUACAGCUCUCAGGAAACUUGGCGAGAAGCUGACUGCAGAUGAUGAGGCCUUCCUGUCAGCAAAUGCAGGUGCUAUACUCAGCCAGUUUGAGAAAGUCUCCACAGACCUUGGCUCCGGAGACAAAGUUCUUGCAUUGGCAAGUUUCGAAGUUGAAAAAACAAAGAAAUGACAUGGUGUGGAGCCUUGGGACAUUGAUCACAUUCUUGCUGUAAAUGGCAGUUGUCUUCUAGGGGUUUUGAAUCAUUGCAAAGAAAUCAAGAGAUUCUUGAAAUGCACUGAUAAGCUAAGAAAAGGUGACAGGAAAACAUACUUGUGGCUUCUGGUUAUACCCUUCAUCAUUGUGCUUUGUGUAGGGCCACCUGCCUCAGUCAUCCCAGACUUGUUGGGAUGAGGGACCCGUUGGACCUUAUUCAUUAUGUCUUAUGUGUUUUUUUAGAGAGAACAGAAAACAGUUUCUCUGCCUGUUUUUAUUAAGCUUCCUUGUUUUUAAGUGCUGACAGUAAAUGAAAAGAUGUGAACUAAGGAUUAUUUUUGCUCAUAAUUUAUCCCCACUUAUUGGAGUGAAUAGUGUACCAACAUCAGUCGACCUCAUGUGUGUUCAUAGAAUUUGAGUUCUGAGCGAUCUUAGAAAUCCUUUUCAUUUGAUAAACGAGAAAGCUGAGGCUCAGAAAGAGCAAGUUGACUUGCUUCAAGUCUCAUCCAAAACAGAGCUGGUGAUAAGACUUGGGUGUUCUGACUCUCAGUUUUGUGUCCAUUGAGUUUUAUUUCUGUAUUUUGUGCUGUUUUUAAAAACGAAUUAACACAUAUUUGGGCAAGUCUGUGUUUAUGAAAAAUUCAAUGUCUCAACAGAAAGUUGUCACUAAGGGACCUUUCCCCAGCCUGUGAGGCCUCCUUAUGAAUGGGGCCCAUUGUAUCUCUGAGUUUUGAGCUUGGAACAAUGGGAGCCCUGUUGAGAGUCUCCUGGAGUAACUUAACCUCCUGCCGGUGUUUCACCAGGGAAGCAAUUGAGAGCGGCAGCUGGAGGCCCUCCGUGUGUGUGUGACCUCUUUGCUGAAACCCAGAAGGUGGUGACUGCAAACUAUUACUUACUCUUGAGUUUGUGGAGAAACACAAACUAAGUUACGAGGAAAAGCAUACUCUUGAGUUUAUGUUUCUCUGCAUGCUCAAAUACGGAGAUCUCCCAUGCAUGUGUACGGAGAUCUCCCAUGCGUGUGUACGGAGAUCUCCCAUGCGUGUGUACGGAGAUCUCCCAUGCGUGUGUACAGAGAUCUCCCAUGCGUGUGUACGGAGAUCUCCCAUGCGUGUGUACGGAGAUCUCCCAUGCAUGUGUAUGUGAGCCUAGAGUCUAGCCUCUGGCCACUUUAUAUUUUUUCAUGUAUUUCUCAGUUUUCUUUUUCUUUGCACUUUAUACAAAUUUAAAACAUUUUUAAAGCUUCUUGUAUACUCUAAACUCUACUAGGUGCUCUGCCAACUGGACAAAUUAGGGACCUCAGCUUCAUUAAUGCCUUAUUUGGAACUUUUAAUGGGUAACUUUUUAUAUAUGGGUUUAGGCCAGUCAAAAACUCAUUGAAAUUGUGACAAACCAAGAAGAAGCAAAUGACCUGCUAUUCAUCUAGACAUUAUGGUCAGUCAUCAUUUCAUUAUUAUUCGGCAUUUGUUUGUUUGUUUUAUUAAGUAAUCACUACACCCAAUGUGGAGCUUGAACUCAUGGGCUGGAGAUCAAGAGUCACACACUCCACUGACUGAGCCUUCCAGGCACCCCUAUUCUACAAUUUUUUUUUUCAAUCAAGGUGACAUUCACAUAACGUAAAAUUCAUCAUUUUAAAGUGUACAAUUCAGGGUGUUUAAUACAGUCACAAUGUUGUGCAACUAUCACCAUCUCAUUCCAAAACAUUUCACCACCCCAAAACCAUCUGAGUAGUCUUCAUUUCUGCCCUCCUCUUUAUCCUAGCCCUCCAGCAACCACUAAUCUGCUUUCUGUCUCUGUCACUGGGUUUACCUAUUCUGGGUAUUUCGUAGCAAGGGCAUCCUACAGUAUGGGACCUUUUGUGUCUGGCUUCUUUCACUUAGUGUCGUACUUUCAAGGUUAAUCUAAGUUGUAGCACAUACAGCACUUCAUACCUUUUAAUGGCUGACAAUACUUCCUUGCAUGGAUACCACACUGUGCUUAUCCAUUAAUCUCUUGAACUUUUUGGCUAUUGCAGAUAGUACUGCUGUGAACAUUUGUGUAACUCUGUUUAAAUACCUGUUUUCAGCUCUUUCGGGUAUAUACCUAGGAAUGGAAUUGCUGUCUGUAUGUGUAUUUGGGGGGAUUUCUUUUUGUUUUUUUAAGCCAUAACAUGAUUCCCCCUUUCCCUCCAGUAGUAGGAUAAGGAAAAUUAGGAAUAUUUGGUGUUUGAAAAGGGCCAAGAUGAAUCCGGAGUCCUUAAUUUUGGUUUCUCUUACACUUUCUCUAAGACUAACAUCAGUGAAAUGUUUUAUCAUUAAUCACAUUAGUGUAUUCAUUUUGUAAGUAAUGACUAGUCCUCAACUUAAAAUUAAUCUUCCUUUAAAAUUUGCAAAGUUAAAAAAAAGUCGCCAAAUGUGCAGUGCCUCGCAAGACACUGCCCUUCCUGGCCACACGACGUUUGGUAGGUCACUGAAUCCUGUCCUUCCUGGCCACGUGACGUUUGGUAGGUCACUGAAUCUUGCCGAGCCUCAUUUUCCUCUUCUGUUCCAUGGGGAUGAGUGGGUAGGACCUACGUACCACAUAGGAUUACUGUGGAUUCCCCCUCUUCCUUCAUGCAGAAAAAAGUUUUGCAUUGGAGCUAAUCUACUGUUUAACAGUUCUUUCAAGGGCCAUAUGAUACAUUUUGUUCCACAAAUUUAGUAUAAUUCAGAAAAAUAAAAUGAAUAAUUUGAAAAUUCUGUAUAAUUAUAGUUAUUAAAUGAUUUGCAAACCA